CGUGGUGCCCCCGGCGGCAAGCUAAAGAUGACUCUCGGUCUCCCAGUCGGUGCAGUCAUGAACUGCUGCGACAACAGCGGCGCUCGCAAUCUCUACAUCAUCUCCGUCAAGGGUAUCGGUGCCCGCCUGAACCGUCUCCCGGCCGGCGGCGUCGGCGAUAUGGUCAUGGCCACUGUCAAGAAGGGAAAGCCCGAGCUAAGAAAGAAGGUCAUGCCUGCUGUUAUUGUGCGCCAGAGCAAGCCAUGGAGACGCACUGAUGGUGUUUUCUUGUACUUUGAGGAUAAUGCUGGUGUGAUCGUCAACCCCAAGGGCGAGAUGAAGGGCUCAGCCAUCACAGGACCCGUCGGAAAGGAGGCAGCUGAACUAUGGCCACGUAUCGCAAGCAACUCUGGUGUCGUCAUGUAA